ACAGUUCAUCGCAAACCUUCCGAGACGCAUCAUUGGAAAUAAUAUUGCAAUAUGAAACUGUUAGUAGUUGCUGCUAUCCUCGGAGCCUGCUCAGCAGCCCGCCUUGACAAUGCCUACCUCCCUCCUAGAGGAGGCGCAGGUGCAGGAUAUGGCGCCGGAUCUGGAGCGUCUGGCGGUUUUGGAUCUGGAUUCGGCAGAGGUGGUGCUGGAGGAGCCGGUUUUGGUGGUGCCAAUUCUGGAGGAUUCGGAGGUGCCGGUAGUUACAACGGCGCCGGUGCUGGUGCCUUCGGAAGUAACGCUGGAGCAUUCGGAAAUGGCGGUGGUUUCGGCCAAGGAACUGGCGCUGUAGCUGGUGGCUUUGGAGGAAGGAGCAACUCCGCUGAUGCUAACGCCCAAAUCCUGAGAUUGAACAACGAAGUCACAGCCGAAGGAUUCUCAUACGAUUUCGAAACCUCUAACGGUAUCAGAGCUGAUGCGUCCGGUGUCGCUACCAACGGCGUCCAAUCUCAAGGCAGCUUCGCGUACAAGGGUGAUGAUGGUCAAGACUACAGCAUCACAUACACCGCUGACGAGAACGGCUACCAGCCCCGUGGUGCCCAUCUGCCCACUCCCCCUCCCAUCCCAGAGGCUAUUUUGAAAGCUCUGGAACAGAACGCCCGUGAUGAAGCCGCUGGCAUCGUUGAUGAUGGCUCUUACCGCGGUGAAGGCGCUGGUUCCGGCGCUGGUAGCUACUCAGGUCAAGGCGGUUACUCCGGUCAAGGUGGAUACUCCGGUCAAGGCGGAUACUCUGGACCCUCAAACCAAUACGGCGCUCCUUCCCGCGGCUUCGGUGGCGCAGCUAAUGGCGCAUCUGGUUUCGGUGGCUCCGGUGCUGGUUCAUCCGGUUUCGGUGGAUCCAGUUCUGGUUCAUCCGGUUUUGGUGGAUCCAGUUCUGGUUCAUCCGGUUUCGGUGGCGCUGCCUCUCGUCAAUACCUCGCCCCCAAUGCUGGCCCCCGAGGCUCUGGCAAUGGCAAUUUCAACUCUCAAACCGGAUACCGUUACUGAGCGAGGGAAAACGAAAGAUAAUUAGCCACCGUUUUUGUUUAAAUCAACAUUUGGUAUAUUCGAAAAGUCCACCGAUAUUUCGAUUUAUAAUAUAAAUAUAUUUUUUUGUGAUAUCUUUAUAGCACACAAAAACUGCUAAUUUUGCAUAAAUAUUAAUUGAUUGUAUAUAUAAGAUCAACGCCCUCUGUUGGUUAUGAAAAACAACGAAUUAAGCUGUGAACUGUUAUUGUGAUGCCCUGUGAACAAGGCAGUAUCAAAGAACUCGGCUUUGCACUGCCGCGUCGACUCAAUACUCAUUUGUCUAUUUACAAAGUCUUUCCGAUUUCAUCUUCAUUAAUGAUCUCAUAACAUUUCUAUUCCCUUAAAUUUUCAUUUCUCAUUAAUUAAUAUCUGUAGGUAUAAGUUCUAGAUUUUUAAAGGCUAUGUAAAUGGACAGUAUUAGGCUUAAGACGAAAAAAAAAUUAAAAAAAAAUGUGUAUGUAUGUGUAAUAAUAGUUUAUAACGAUUGUAAAUAUGAUAUGUAAUGAAUAAAAGUUAUAAAGCAA